AUGCGCCGAUCAUCUCGAAUCGCCUCUGGUGGUGAUACUGAAAAUGCUGUUGAGCUCGAGGCUGUCCCCGAGAACCCGGAUGCCGAGGUGAGCUUGGCCUUUCCUGAAGGUGGCCGGGAGGCCUGGAUAUGUCUCGCGGGAUCAUUCCUCAUGAUGUUUCCAUCGUUUGGCUUCCAAACUGCAGGUAAGCCAAAUUCCGAUGAUCUCCAUCCCCAACACCCCGGCUCACUUAUACGUUUUUGUUUAGUCGGAUCUGUCCAGGAUUAUAUUAGCACGCAUCAACUGGCUGCAUAUGGAGAUCGUGAUGUGGGCUGGAUCACAGCAGUACUCGUAUUUUUGACCCUGUUUCUUGGUGUCCAAUUUGGACCAUUGUUCGAUCGUUACGGACCCAGAGCUCUGUUGAUCUGCGGGUGUCUUGGAAAUUUUCUCUGCUACAUACUGCUGGCAGAAUGUUCGAAAUACUGGCACUUCAUGCUCUGUCUUGGUAUCCUUGGUGGUAUCUCAUCCGCAGUGAUUACCACGGUGUCUAUAGCGGUCCUGAGUCACUGGUUCAAUCGAAGACGCGCCCUGGCCUCUGGUAUAUGCAUGGGUGGCUCAUCAGCUGGCGGUGCAUUAAUUCCUUUGAUGUUACGGAAUUUGUUUGAGCAAUACGGCUGGACAUGGGCUAUCCGCGUGAUAGCUUUUACUGCACUCGGGUGCUAUGCGGUUGGCAUCUUUCUUGUCAGAGGACGUCUCCCAGCUAGCAACAACAGCAGAGCGACUAUCGACUUUGCAGCUUUCAAGUCACCUCGUCUGUGCUUCCUCGCCAUCGCUGUGUUCUCAUUUGAAUUCAUUAUAUUCGGCUGUGCUGCCCUUCUUCCGUCAUACGUUCGUUACAGCGGAUUUUCAUUGGAUGUGCAGUUUUACUCCCUGACCGUUUUGAACAGCAUGAGCCUUAUUGGAAGAGUUCUUCCAGGGUUCGCUGCGGAUCAGGUCGGUCGGUUCAACAUUCUUUUGAUUUUGGUCAUUAUCACAAUGAUAAUUCUGGCCGGGGUCUGGUUACCAUAUGGAUCGCACGACGAGGGCACACUAUAUGUAGUUGUCGCAAUCUUCGGUUUCGGCUCUGGUGGGUGGCUCUCGCUAGCUCCUGUCUGUGCAGGACAGCUUUGUGAUACCAAAGAUUAUGGCCGGUUCUAUGGCACUGUCUACAGUGUUGCUUCCUUUGGGGUGCUUCUUACAGUCCCAAUUGGAGGCCAAUUGCUCCAGUCGACAACACCUCAAGUACUCAUUGGCUUUUACUCUGCUGUAUUACUGGUGGGUCUGAUUAGCGUCGCCUUGUCUCGCUGGGCCAUUUUGGACUGGAAUUGGAAAUGGAAAGUAAAAGUAUAG